AGAUGCGAAACUAAACCGCAGAGCAGACACAACUUCGUGAAGAUGGCAGCCCCCUACACCGGACAGGCAUUCCCCCCACUAAAAAAUGAUCUCUUAUUACGAGCUGCUGCAGGAGAGAAAACAGAACGGGUACCAGUCUGGGCAAUGAGGCAAGCUGGGAGAUAUUUACCAGAAUUCCAUGAAGUCAGAAGCAAACAUGAUUUUUUUGAGGUCUGCCAAACACCAGAGUUGGCUUGUGAAAUAACUUUACAGCCAAUUAGAAGACUAGAUUUAGAUGCAGCAAUCAUCUUUUCUGAUAUCCUAGUUAUUCCACAAGCAGUAGGGAUGAAGGUUGAGAUGGUACCAGGCAAGGGACCAACAUUUGAUGACCCUCUGAAGACUCCUGACGAUAUGAAAAAUCUAAAAAAAGAUGUAAAUGUGUAUGAAACACUUAACUAUGUCUUUGAAGCUAUCACACUGACCAGACACAAGUUGGAGGGAAAAGUUCCUCUUAUAGGAUUUAGUGGUGCUCCUUGGACACUUAUGGCAUAUAUGAUAGAAGGAGGAGGCUCCAACACAUUCUCUAAAGCCAAAAAAUGGCUUUAUGUGCAUCCUGAGGAAAGUCAUCAGCUGCUACAACUUCUCACUGAUAUCAUAGUGCAAUAUUUAGUGGGGCAAGUGCAAGCCGGAGCACAGAUCCUACAGCUGUUCGAGUCACAUGCAGGGUGUCUUGGACCAGGAAACUUCUCCAAGUUUGCUCUACCUUGCAUCAAGCAGAUCUCAAAGAGAGUCAAGGAAGAAUUGUCAGUCCGAGGAACCAAACCUGUUCCUAUGAUAAUAUUUGCCAAAGAUGCUCAUUUUGCAUUGGAAGAAUUGGGUGAGAGUGGUUAUGAGGUGGUUGCCUUGGACUGGACAGUAAAACCAAAACAUGCUAGGAGACUUGCCCCAAACGUCACUUUGCAAGGAAAUCUAGACCCUUGUGCUCUGUAUGCCUCUGAGGAGGAAAUAUCCAAGAUGACCAAAGAAAUGCUCAAGAAUUUUGGCACCCAGAAAUACAUAGCAAACCUAGGGCAUGGAAUGUAUCCAGAUCACAACCCAGACCAUCUAGCAGCUUUCAUCAACUCUGUGCACAGACAUUCAGAGCAAAUGAAUCAGGGAUUAUGAUAGACAAACCUUCCAUUGAAUUAAAGAAAUACAUGAAGUCCAGGCGUUUAUUUGAUUUUUCUCUUUUCCUUUUUUUAUUUGGACAUU